GGUGUCCCUGAAAAGAGAGUAAUUCCAGUCACUGUCCCCAAGUCACCAGCCUUUGCACUGAAGAACAGAAUCCGAGUGUACAACCAAGAAGAUGAGGAAGAGGAUGAACUGGUAGUGAUAAGAGCUCAACCUUUGCCACAUUAUGGAGUGCCUUUUAAGCCCCAAAUUCCAGAGACAAGAACUGUGGAAGUAUGCCCGUUCUCCUUUGAUUCUCGAGACAAAGAACGUCAGUUGCAGAAGGAAAAGAAAAUAAAAGAACUGCAGAAAGGGGAGAUGCCCAAGUUCAAGGCUCUUCCCUUGCCUCAUUUUGACACCAUUAAUCUGCCAGAGAAGAAGGUAAAGCAUGUGACCCAGAUUGAGCCUUUCUGCCUGGAGACCGACAAGAGAGGUGCUGUGAAGGCACAGACAUGGAAGUACCAGGUGGGGAAUGCAGAGAGCAGCCAAAAUGUCAAUCGCUGGGUUGCUUG